UCGUCAGCCGCUGCAAGCGCACGGAAGCAACGCUGCCAAGAAGAGAUGUACAGCGUCGAAGGCGGCUUGCCGAACAUUUGAGGUGCGAUCACUCCAAUUCAGAGUAUCCAAGUUUAGACAGAGGUUUUGCCUUCCGCUCGUCAGCAGUGUGCGCACGCGCACAAAGUCUUCCUGAAACCAUUUCCAGCUACUCAGGACUCGAGCGAGCAAUCGGCCGAUGAGCUCGCAGCGCCCCCCCCCUUCCCCGUGAGCUUGUGCGCUUGGCUGGAUGCCAGUUGCUGGACGCAAGUUGCUGGACGCUCACGUGCGGCAGGGAAAAGGGGCACGGGUAACGGAGUGGCAGAGCCGAGAGGGUUGACUCGCGUUCUGCACGGAGGUCGUUGCUGCCUCACGCUGAUGGAUCGGUCGAACGGCGCCAAUCAAUAGAAGAAAAAUCAAGGCGUCGGGCGGAAGAAACUACACCCCACCUACGCCCCACCGGAGACGAUUUGAUAAACACCCCCACCUUUGUGGACAUGAUAUUGGCAUCAUCAUUCGUAUCUAGAUCAGUGUGAGCCCCCCGCGUGAGCCCCCCGCGUGAGCCCCCCGCGUGAGCCCCCCGCGUGAGCCCCCCGCGUGAGCCCCCCGCGUGAGCCCCCCGCGUGAGCCCCCCGCGUGAGCCCCCCGCGUGAGCCCCCCGCGUGAGCCCCCCGUUCCCAUCGCGAGCGGUGGCAUCGCCGCCGUCGUCACACAGCGGCAGGCAGGAUGCGCGCGUGGCCCCCGUCGUGGCGAUGGAUCAUGCUGAUCCUGUUGGCGUGGGGCUCCCUGCUCGUCUACAUGGGCGGCCACCUCAUCAGAGACCCCGAGAUGGGCGAGCACUCGAGCCGAGAACUUUCCAAGAUCAUGGCCAAGCUGGAACGGCUCAAACAGCAGAAUGAUGAUCUGCGGCAGAUGGCCGAAGCCCUGCGGGUGUCCGAGCAGCAGGGAGAGCCGGUUGUGCCGUCCAGUCCCCAGAGAGUCAAGGGCCUCGAGGAGCGCCUUGCACAAGCCCAGAUGGAGCUCAGCUUCUACAAAGAGAAAUACCAGCAAGAAAAUGCAAAACAGGCGUCGGAGGUCGGCCCCGCCGUGAGCGCCGUGGCCGCGGCCGCGAGGAUCCCUGCCGGCCCCGGGACGGACCAUGAGCUGCUGCGGAGGAAGGUUGAGAACGGCAUCAAGGAAUUCUGGUUCUUCGUGCGCAGCGAGCUGAAGAAGAUGCAGCACGACGCCGGCGAUCACUCCAAGGAGAAGAUAACCAUGAUGCUGCAGGACAUGGGUCAUCAACAGAGGUCGAUCAUGACGGACCUGUUGAAGCUGAGCGAGGCGGACGGGGCGGCCGAGUGGAGGGCCCGGGAGGCCAAGGACCUCUCCGACCUGGUGCAGCAGAGGUUCCACUUCCUGCAGAACCCGAAAGACUGCCGCACGGCGCGCAAGCUGGUGUGCAAUAUCAACAAGGGCUGCGGCUACGGCUGCCAGCUACACCACGUCGUCUACUGCUUCAUGAUCGCCUACGGCACGCAGCGCACCAUGAUCCUCGAGUCCAGGGGCUGGCGCUACAGCCCCAAGGGCUUCGAGAAGUUCUUCCAGCCCGUCAGCGAGACGUGCAGGGACCGCUCUGGGAAGAGCACGGGCCACUGGUCCGGGGAGGCGAAUGACCGUGACGUGCAGGUCGUGGAGCUGCCGAUCGUGGACAGCCUCCACCCCCGGCCCCCGUACCUGCCUCUGGCCGUGCCGGAGGACCUGUGGGAGCGUGUCUCACGCCUGCAUGGCGACCCGUCCGUGUGGUGGGUUUCCCAGUUCAUCAAGUUCUUGGUGCGACCGCAGCCUCAGCUGGAGCAAGAGAUUCAACAAAACGCGGAGAAGAUGGGCUUUGAGCAUCCCAUUGUCGGGGUUCACGUGCGUCGCACGGACAAGGUGGGCACGGAGGCGGCCUUCCACGCCAUCGAGGAGUACAUGAGCCACGUGGAGGAGCACUUCGAGCUGGCUCGCAGCGCCCCGGUGGAGGUGAAGCGUGUCUACCUGGCCACCGACGACCCGGGCCUGCUCGCCGAGGCCAAAGCCAAGUACCCGAGUUACGUGUUCAUCAGCGAUAACGCCAUCUCGCGCUCGGCCGGCCUGCAGAACCGCUACUCGGAGCAGUCCCUCAUCGGAGUCAUAAUGGACGUGCACUUCCUGGCACACAGCGACUUCCUCGUCUGCACCUCUCCUCCCAGGUGA